UCAUCAGGACCGCACACUCGCGCACAAAAGCAGCAGCAGUCGAACCCGCACUGCACCAAACUGGCACCUCUCCGUCCCUCGAAGCCGCCCACGCUGCUCAAUCUCUACUUCGAACGGCCGCCUUAACGCACGCACAAGGAGAGCUAGCUGAUAGGCUCCAACUCCCUCUCAAGGUCCGACCUAUCGAAGGAAUUCAUUCAAACCCAUCUUCCUACUACUUGCGCAGCGCUCGCUCGCCGCAUACAAACGAACGGCAGACAGACAUUAAAUCCACCACCACGCUUACUACCGAUCGAUCCGAAUCUGAAUCUUAACUACCAAGAGGGCUCGGCCACAAUGUCGCUGUUCGCCCGCAUCGCGUUUAGUCGCAGUCUCUCCUCGUCGUCGGUGGAGUCUGUCUCCGCGGUAUCAUCGUCAUCAUCAUCUGCAUCAGCAACAUCAGCAUCAUCCUCCGCGAAGUUCGUAAUCAAGCCACCAUUCCGACCCGAAGGCGAGGAGUCCAGUCCUGCUCUUGUCCACGGACAGAACCAAGACCAAGGGAAACGCCAUAUAGCCAGGACUCGAGUGCCUGCGGCUCACCACCAGCGGUUGGGGAAGUUGGGCAGCAGCGAUGGUGCGAUGGCGCGGGGGAGUAGUGGGGAUGUAGGCGAUUUGGAGCUGGGAACUACUUUGGGGGGCUCCUGGAAGGGCGGUUAUGAGGGAGGAGAGCGGGUUCGAGGGGGGGGAAGGGGGAGGGAGACGAGGAGGGAGACGAAGAGGAGUGAAUGAACAGCGAGGAGAGGCAGGGAGGGAAGUAAGGAUUAAGGAAGGAUUCGUGGAGUUAGUCUAGCCUAGUCUAGUCUAAGAUGCGGUUCUGCCUACCUGCUUGAGCCGCGGCGCGCAUAACCGCUCUUUAGGAGAAAGGCGCCUUGGGCUUCUUGUUAUUUUUCCAUCAGCGAGGCUAGAAGAUUACCCAUAGCAACGGUGCAAAAUUG